UCACUGAAAUUUGCUGUUAUAUAUAUAUUGAAUAGAGCACCAGAUUUUAGUCUGUGUUAGAGCAAGAGAAGCUAACUAGCCAAAGAAGAAAGGAGAAGAAGGAAAAUGGCAUCCUCCAUGGUCUCAUCUGCUUCAGCUCCACACGCCAUCGUAGCUCGGGCUACCGUGGCUGCUCCGUUCGGCGGGUUGAGGGCCGCCUCGGCUUUUCCGGUGUCCCGUAAGGUUCAGAAAUCCAGCAAUGUUGGAAGAAUCAAGUGCAUGAAGGUGUGGCCUCCACUUGGACUGAAGAAGUUCGAGACCCUGUCUUACCUUCCUACUCUCUCUAUUGAAUCCUUGGCCAAGGAAAUCAACUACCUUAUUAUCAAGGGAUGGGUUCCUUGCAUUGAAUUCUCUGUUGAGGGAGGAUUUGUGAGCCGGGACAACAACAGGUCCCCCGGGUACUACGAUGGCCGGUACUGGACCAUGUGGAAGCUGCCCAUGUAUGGGUGCACUGACCCAGCCCAAGUAUUGAACGAGGUCGAGGAGGCCAAGAAGGAAUACCCGGAAGCCUUCAUUCGGAUCAUCGGAUUCGACAAUGUGCGCCAAGUGCAAUGCAUCAGUUUCAUCGUCUACAAGCCCCCAAGGGCAGCCUUCAUGUGAUGGGUUUUUAUUUAUUUACCUAAGUCGGAACGAUAUCCAUUCGCAAUUCGCUAGGCUUAUUUAUGUCUUAUUUCUGAAAGAACUAUGAACUCUGUUUUUUCUUUUUGUCAUUUGAUCGAUGUUGUGUCUCUUUGUUGAUGACGAACAUGAGAGGCCGGCCUGGCUUUGUGUUGUCAAUUUUUUUUUGUCCCAAUAAUCCAUGUAAUGGUUGGAGCUUCAUGCCGUAUUUCUAACAGCUGGUACCAUUUCUUCUUUA